AUGGCUUCCCAAACAGAGCACACAUCAGCUCAAGACGUUGCUCCUCACUCACUAGCUGAGAACCUCGUCAAUUGGUUCGUCCAGCAUGGGGGCCACCUGAGCCCGCAUGUCCAGCUCGCCUACACGCACGCUCAGGGCUUCCAUCUGUGUGCCCGGACGCCAUUGACCUCGCCUGUCGUGGCCUCGUGUCCGCUCAACCUUACCCUCUCCAUCCUCAACCUAGACUCUGGUGAGAAAGAGGUGCAACACAUCCAGUCACCUUUGCAGCAAUGUCGAGACAAGAUCCCAGACCAUAUCUUGGCAUAUCUCCUGUUACUAGAGCAGCGCGACAAGGGCAACGACUCGCCUUGGAGCGCUUACCUAGCAUGCCUACCUGGGCCUCGAGACAUGACCACUCCUCUCUGGUUUGAUGAUGUCGACUUCGCCUUUCUGGCUGGCACAUCCUUGGCGCCCGCUGCAAAAGAAAGAAAGGCUGAGCUACGCCAGCAAUGGGAGCACGCCUUGCAAGUCAUAAAGCACCUUGACCUGCAUCUGGCUGACGUUAUCUCUCUCGAAUCGCUGCAAUGGGCCGCUACCAUCUUCACUUCGCGCGCAUUCAUCUCCACCCAUAUCUUACCUGGCAGAGAGACAAUACCCAUGCUCUUCCCAGUCAUCGAUAUUCUAAAUCAUUCCGUCACUGCAAAGGUUGAGUGGGACUUUGAGCCACACCGCUCCUUUGCACUCAAGUGCCUCCAAGCCGACUCUGUCAAACCGGGAGAGGAGCUUUUCAACAACUAUGCCCCCAAGCAGAAUGAUGAGCUGCUCCUUGGAUACGGUUUCUGUCUCGAGGACAACCCAAUUGAGCAGUUUGCCUUGAAACUAGCGUUUCAGCCGCAGCUGCAGCAAUACGCGCACCAGCUCGGUCUACUAGAUGGCAAAAAUGUGCCUUUUGAAAUGACUCGAGAUUUCCUCGCCACAGAUCCAAACAAAGAACAGCACUUUUUGCGCACCAGAGGUCAUCCAUUCGGGCGUUAUGGCAAUAAUGUGCCCUUUUUCCGCGGUGUGCCCCCGUAUAUUGUUCACUUCUUCUUCAUCCAGACAAUUAUUACCGCAGAGGUGGAUGUAAAUAGCAUCGACGUUGCUCGACCUGGAGCGAGAAUCACACUACAGGUCUUGGUACUUUUACAUCAAGCGCUGGAGCAGAGAUGCGCCUCCCUGCCUCUCCGUAUAGAGCAGGAACCCCAAAACACCAAGCAAAAGUAUGCAAAGAUUUACCGUGACGGUCAAGCCCGCAUCAUUCACUCGGUGCGGCAAGAACUCCAGGCUGCAGUAGCCAGGCUACGAGCAUCGGACCAAGAGGCUUCAAACAGGUCCUUGCACAGCCUGUCUGAUAUCCUAUCGACUCUAGAAAAGGACAUGCCCACAGCAGCAGCAAAGUUCACAGCUGCGCUCCGAAAACAUGGCUUGGACAAGACUCACGACGAGGGUCUAAAAUGGGCUUUGCUGCUUACCGCGCUAAUCUCCAUAAUGUUAACAACUCCAGACACAGACAACGCAUCUGUUUUUAACCUCGUACGCAGCCUAUGUGCCUACCACGCACUCCCAACGCUCGAGGACGGCAUCGAAGACGUAGAAACAUAUACCUUUGUUGACGAACACCUUGUAGACUUCGUGCACCUUCCUUCUGCUGAUCCUAGCGCCAUGCCUAGCGAUGUCCUAGAUGACCUUGGUCUUACAUUUGUGAAUCAACCAGCUGAUAGCACAGCGCCUGUGUUUAUCAAUGGUCGGACUGAGAACCUGGGCGCGAGGAUCAUCAUGUGGGCCAUGAAGGUGGCGGAGCGCGAUGUCGUGCCUGUAUUUGAAGACGGAGGUAUCAGAAAGUGCUUGUAUGCUCCAUGCGGUGGGGGCGGCGAGACGUGGAUGUAUGAGGAUGUGGACGUGCGAGCGGAAUGA